AUGACGGCCGCCUUGGUUGUCCAUCAACUCAGCUACACCAACGACUUCGCGCUCCCAAACCAGUCUAUAGAGGUCAUUAGGCUCUGUAAUGCUUCUGAACGUCAUGGGAAAGACUUUCGAGAUACCAUUGAUUCAAAACCACCACAAGAGCCCAUUCCUAAAAUUAUUCACCAGAUUUGGAAGGACCACAAUGUGAGCACAUACAGGGUUAGAGCCUCAUACGAGACGUGGAAACAUACGAUGGAACCUCUCAACUAUACCGUCAAAUUAUGGACAGACGAAGAUGUUCUCAAACUUAUAAAGACAGAAUAUUCUUGGUUACUGUCGACGUACGAGGGCUAUGCCCAGAAUAUUCAACGAGCCGAUGUGGCAAGACUGGUAGUUGUCCAUGCAGAGGGAGGCAUGUAUGCAGACUUGGACGUAUACCCCAGAUCGACCGAGGAGAUGUCCUGUAUUCAAAGCCUCGGCUUACAGGCUGUCUUUGCCCCAACAUCAAGUACUCUUGGACUCAGCAACCACUUCUUCAUGGCACAGCGUGGCUCCUCCUUUCUCGAAUGGGCUCUCCAAGAAGCUAAGCGACGCGGCGGUGCGACCUCGAAACGAAUCCUCCUUCCCUACCUCCAGGUAUUCUGGUCGACAGGCCCGAUAAUGGUCACAUAUGCGUUCCAUCAGUACGCAUGGAUGUACAGCACAUUACAUCACGGCGUGGCGUUGCUGGAUGAGGGAUACGCCCGGAAGCUGUUCGGCCACGCGGCAGGACGCUCGUGGCAUGGGUCAGAUGGGCAGUUCUUGAACUACGUGUCAGAUCACCUGGGAACUGUGUUGUUCUGGGUCACUGUGUGCCUAUCUGUGCUGUCUUUGGCGACCAUAAUCGUACUUAAGAAGAGUCGCGGGAAGUCGAUUGACUUUCUUGUAGGUUGCGGAUCUAUUUGUAGGAAGGAGAACCGGGUAACCAAAGUAUAA